CUACGGCCCAUGCUGUUGAAUUUCAGUUAGAAUUGUGCCGAUGUGAGCAACGGUUUGCAAAUUUUGGUUUGAAUAUUGCGCAGAAUUUCUACUCGCCAACAAUUUUUAUUUCAAAACAAAGGUUUUAAAUUGAAUUCGUUGCAAUGCGCAGUUUCGUUUUAUUCGUUUACGGCUUAUCCUGCGGCUAUGGGUUAUUGCCACCCACAGUUUCUGCAACCGCCCAAUCGCCAGCCACGCAGUUAAGUGGUUCGGCUGCGGACGCGUUUUUGACGGCAGAAAGUGCAGAGGCAGUGAAAGAGCUGAGCCAUCUGGGAAACAAUUCAAUGCUUCAAGCGAAUAUGUUAACUUUUCAUCGUGAAAAUGAAAUACCAGGAGAUUUUCAAAAGGAUGCGGGUAUUGCUGAAAUGAAAUACAAUUUCUCAAAUGAAAUAAAUGAAGAACGUGGCAGACGCAAACGCAGGAAAAUGUUGAAGUACCUACAGCCGAUACUGAUUGGUUUCUUAAUAAUGAAGUUCAUCAUUUUUCCGCUCGUUUUAAAAACACUAACAGCGCUCACCACAUCCUCAUUUGUGAUGAGUAAAAUUGCGUUGGCAAUCGCCGGACUACUUGUGCUUAAAUGGCUGCUCACGGGUUCCGGUGAUGGCGGUGGCUACGAUGGCGGCGCCAAAGAGCGGACACAUUUGGAAAUUGUUCAUUUACCGUUUCCAUUAACGAAAGCGUAUCACAGGGGUAAUGUGGGCGGAGGGGGUGCUCCGUUCGGCGGGUGGGAUGAUUUAGCUUCAAGUGGCAGCAGCAGUGUGUUUGCUAUAAAACAUGGCAGCAAGCCGCACAAGUAUAUACCAGUGAGCAAUGUGAAGCAAAUGGCACAUGUAGUGGCCGCAGCAGCCGUGGCAGAUGCAGCAGAUAAUGGCGAAGGCUUUUAUCGAAACACACGUCCAGUAUUCGACGCCAAGCCGUUCUUGUAAAAAAUAAAAUAAAAUAUGACACGGCAGGAAUCUCCCAACGAUUAAAUUGGCUACUAUGCACUCAAUUUAUGUUUGCUUCUGAUAUUUAUUUGCAUAAGCCCGAGUGCGAGUUUAUUUAUUUAUUUAUUGUAAUACUGAAUACCAGCGAAGAAAACAAAUUUAUAUAUCAGAACUGAAAGCAUUUAACCAUGUAGACAUGAAAUAAGUAAAGUUAAUUUAUGUGAGAAAAUAUUUAUUAAUUUAAAACUAGC